AUGGCUAAGGCUGCAAAGAAGAAGUACACGGGCUCACAAAGCUCAGGUAGUCAGGUCGCUGCUGAGAAACAUUUGAGCUCCGUUUUUAAGUUCAACACUGACCUUGGCCAGCAUAUAUUGAAGAAUCCACUGGUUGCGCAGGGUAUUGUCGAUAAAGCUCAAAUAAAGCCAUCAGACACUGUUCUUGAGGUAGGUCCGGGUACUGGUAAUCUCACAGUCCGUAUUUUAGAGCAGGCUAGAAAAGUUGUCGCUGUUGAAAUGGAUCCAAGAAUGGCGGCUGAACUCACGAAGCGUGUCCAUGGCACAGCUGGGGAAAAAAAACUAGAGAUCCUAUUAGGUGAUUUUAUGAAAACGGAAUUACCAUAUUUUGAUAUCUGCAUUAGCAACACACCAUAUCAAAUUUCCUCACCUCUCGUAUUUAAGCUGAUAAAUCAACCAAGACCGCCUCGAGUGUCCAUCCUUAUGUUUCAGCGUGAGUUCGCAAUGAGGUUACUGGCAAGACCAGGUGAUGCGCUAUACUGCAGGCUGUCUGCCAAUGUACAAAUGUGGUCUAAUGUAACGCACAUCAUGAAAGUGGGGAAAAACAACUUUAGACCGCCCCCAAAAGUGGAGUCAAGUGUGGUGAGGAUUGAAAUAAAGAAUCCAAGACCAAAGGUUGAUUUUCAAGAGUGGGAUGGUUUACUGAGAAUUGUAUUCGUUAGAAAGAAUAGAACAAUUGCUGCAGGAUUUAAAUCAUCUACAGUCCUUGAAAUCCUUGAAAAGAACUACAAAGCUUAUUUAGCAAGUACUAAUGCAGACUUAGAUGUGAUGGAGGAUUCUCAGUCUUCCAUGUUAGAAAUUGUUAAGGAAAAGAUCAACACAGUAUUGGUAGAAACAGGAUUAGCCGAGAAAAGAGCUGGAAAGUGUGAUCAGACGGACUUCCUUAAACUCCUGUAUGCAUUUCAUCAGGUGGGUAUCCAUUUCGCAUAA